UCCCUACAGUAACAUAGAUGGAUUUGUUACCACUUCCCUCUUCGUGAAUAUAUAUAUAUAUAUUUCUUUUUCUGUAUGGUUGCGUAUCCUUCUGGUUUUAUAAUCAUUUUGAGAACUUAACCAUCUUUCUGGGCACCAUUCUAUGGCUGAAAUAUGCUUCGCUCCAAUAAAAAGAAAAUGAAGAUUUUCCAAGCACACUCAUAGGCUUCGAGUCAAGAGGGCAGCACUGACUUCCUGAUGUCUGGUAACCCUGUUCUGUGAGGAAAUAUUGCUAGGACUGCAGCACCAUGGAUGUGGUUGGUGAAAACGAAGCCCUGCAGCAGUUCUUCGAAGCUCAGGGGACCAAUGACAAUCUGGGGGACCCAACCCUGGAUACAAGUCUACUGGAAGAGUUCUUGGGCAGUGAUUUCGAUUUGGGGGCCUUGCACCGGCAGCUCCCGGAUACCCCACCCUACUCUGCGUCAGACUCCUGCUCUCCUCCACAGGUCAAAGGUACAUGCUGCCCGACUCGUAGGACUCCAGCUCCUUUUCUCCAGUCCGCCGCUGCACCUGGGACACUGCCUGUGCACCUGCCACAGAGCUCCUCGGAAAUGAUGAACUCUGGCCUUAUCCACAGUGGCUUUCACAACUGCUACCCAAACACCAGUCAUCCUGCGACCGUCCUGGACCAAUCUGUGUCCUCCCAUCUGGCGAUAAGUUGUUCUUACCAUCAGCAGCCUCUGUGCCACAGCCCUGGAACCUCAUUGCCACCAACCAAGAAGCGGAAGUGCACACAGACGCUGGAGGACUCCGGGGACGGGCAAACGUGGGCCCACCACUCCUGCCCAAUGACAGGUAGGAGUCACAGCAGUGAACUGCAAGACGACGACAGUGAGGGACAGAAGGCGGCGCUUGUGGACCAGUUCUUUCCUGCUCUGAAGUGGCAGCCAUACCAAAGUGUUCCUUGGCAUAGUUUAUUAAAUAAUCAUUACAAAACACUACCCAGUAUAGGAUAUCGAGUUGUCACAGACAAAGGAUUCACUUUUUCACCAGCGGAUGAAGCUUUUGUUUGCCAAAAGAAGAACCAUUUUCAGAUAACCAUCCAUAUCCAAGUUCGGGGAAGUCCAAAAUUUGUCAAAACCCAAAUGGGCGUAAAGCCAAUAGAAAUGUUUUACUUGAAAGCUUUUGGGGUUAAGGUAGAAGCCACCAAUCAAAUAAUUGCUAUUGAACAGUCCCAAGCAGAUAGAAGCAAAAAGAUUUUCAAUCCUGUUAAAAUCGACCUGCUGGCCGACCAAGUCACCAAAGUAACGCUGGGCCGACUACACUUCAGCGAAACCACAGCAAAUAACAUGAGAAAGAAGGGGAAACCAAAUCCUGACCAGAGGUACUUCAUGUUGGUGGUUGGACUGUAUGCUGCUAACCAAGACCAGUUGUAUCUGUUGUCUGCCCACAUCUCUGAAAGGAUCAUUGUAAGGGCCUCUAACCCUGGGCAAUUUGAAAAUGACAGUGAUGCAUUGUGGCAGCGAGGACAAGUUCCAGAAUCUGUUGUCUGUCAUGGUCGAGUGGGUAUCAACACAGAUGCACCGGACGAAGCCCUGGUUGUCGGUGGUAACAUGAAAGUGAUGGGGACAAUUAUGCAUCCGUCUGACAGCCGGGCAAAGCAGAAUAUCCAGGAGGUUGACACAAAUGAGCAGCUGAGAAGAAUAGCCCAAAUGAGGAUUGUCGAAUACGACUACAAACCUGAAUUCGCAUCUGCGAUGGGAAUAAACACUGCCCACCAAACAGGAAUGAUUGCCCAGGAGGUGCGAGAGAUCCUGCCCAGAGCUGUAAGAGAGGUCGGUGAUGUCACCUGUGAAAAUGGAGAGACGUUGGAGAACUUCCUUAUGGUCGAUAAGGACCAGAUCUUUAUGGAAAAUGUAGGUGCAGUGAAGCAGCUCUGCAAAUUAACCAACAACCUUGAAGAAAGAAUAGAAGAGUUAGAAAUAUGGAACAGAAAGCUGACCAGGCUAAAGCGGCUCAGCAGUAGUUGGAAGUCUUCAGCCAGUGAAGCAAGCUCAAUCAGCAAAUUUAGCAGAACUGUUAGCACAUCUUCUCCAAGAAAGGCCAUUCCCAAAAAACCCAACAAGAUUUAUUUUUCAGGAAAAAACCAGUUGUGUCCUAACUGGGUUUUCCAGACCUUGGUGAUCACUCUCAUUGCUGUGAUGACAUUUUGUGCCUUGACGAUAGUCUCCCUUUACAUACUUAGCUUAAAAGAUCAAGACCGACACGCUCCACAUCUCCCUCUGAGCAAUAUUACAAGCUCUCCAGAGCCGGCCCUGCCACCCGCAGCCACCUCCCCUUCAACACCUAAUAUGUCUCUGGCAACCACACAAUCCUCCUUCCAAGUUCCAGAGAUCACUUUCUGUGAGAUCCUGCCAUGUCAAGAGAUUUAUUGCUGCCCCAUCUGGGGAAUGAGAAGAGUCCCCUCAAGUCCUGUGCAAAGACCGUCCAAGGAGAAGGAACCCCCUCAGAGGCCAUGGGCAGAUGACAGAAGCACAUCAUUCUUGGCAGGAGAGACACUAACCAACCCUGACUGGGGGAGUGACUGGAUUGAUACAACCAUCAGUUCUAUUCAGAUUAUGGAAAUCCAACAAAUAAUAGAUCGUCGGUAUUGCAGUAGAAGACUCCAGUGUGGGUCUGGAAAUUAUAAUUACAAUAUUCCUGUUAAUAAACACACACCCACCAAUCUCAAAUUCUCUCUGGAAAUCAACACAACAGAGCCAUUGAUAGUCUUCCAGUGCAAACUCACACUUGGAAAUAUAUGUUUCCAGAGGAAAAGGGAAGCCAAAGGGAUACACAGCCACCAAGAAGUCUCCCAGGAGAUGACACAGGGAUUUCAGCAUAUUUGGAGCCUCCCUGUGGCCCCAUUCUUUGAUAGUGCGUACCAUUUCCGUGUAGCUGCACCGGAUUUAGCUGACUGUUCCACGGAUCCUUAUUUUGCUGGGAUGUUCUUUACAGAUUACUUCUUUUACUUCUAUCGACAUUGUGCCUAAUUUAUUCAAGUUUGGUUGGAGACCUUACUAAGGAAAAAUAUCCAGAAAUACGAUUAACGAUUAACAGAAACUUAUACCCUCUUGCAUCUUCUUUCUGCUUUUUUUUUUUUUUUUUUUUUUUUUUGUAA